AUGUCGCAAGGCGAUGUGGUCAAGCAUGGGGGUGUCGAAGGCACAAAGCUUGCAUGUCGCAAGGCGAUUUGGCUAGGCACGGGGUGCCAAAGGCGACACAAGGCUUGCAUGUCGCAAGACGAUGUGGCUAGGCACGGGGUGCCGAUGGCGACACAAAGCUUGCAUGUCGCAAGGUGA